AUGCCUUUGGAAAAUUAUACUCUCACUAUCCUCGGUUGCGGAACUAUGGGGACAGCUGUGCUGGCUGCCAUGCUUCAUACCAGGUUUGAGCCUUACCCAGCCAAAAUCAUAUGUUGCACAAACUCUGAGAAGUCUGCCCUCAAGCUGAAAGAAACUUAUGGUGAUAAAAUUGAAGUUUCUUUUGGUGCCGCAAACAACGCCAAGGCCGUCGGGGAAGCCGAGAUUCUUGUGCUGGGAUGCAAGCCUUUUCUCUGCGAACAGGUGUACGACCAAGUCAAAUCCCAUCUGCCUGGAGACCAGAUUGUGAUUUCCUUGCUCGCUGGCUGGUCAAUCGAUCAAUUGAGAAUCUGGUCACCUAAAGCAGGCAAAAUUGCCCGUGUCAUGACUAACACUCCUGCCAAGUUUGGUUGUGGUGUGGCCGUGGUGUCGUUCUCCGACGAGUGUCUUCCUCACGAGGAUUUCGUGAUGAAGAUUGUCGGCGGAGUUGGAACAGCCAUCAAGCUUCCAGAAAGAAACCAAGACGCCGCCACCGCACUAGUUGGAUCUGGUGUGGCGUUUUCGUUGCUUUAUAUGGAAGCCCUGACGGAAGGAGGAAUUAGAAUGGGUAUUCCGGCUGCUAUUGCCAAAGAAUGUGCUGCAAAGGUGAUGGAAGGCACUGCAAAGAUGGUCAAAGAAACUGGCGAGCAUCCAGGGGCCCUGAAACUCGCUGCCUGUACGCCUGGUGGUUGUACCAUUGGCGGUCUGUUGGUGAUGGAAGAUAAGGGAGUCAGAAGCGGUGUGAGUCGUGCCGUUGAGGAGGCUACCAACAUUGCCUCUCAAUUGGGUAAAAAGUAG